GAUUCUCCUUAUCAAAAACCCUAAAACCCUGCCAUUCUUGAACCUGAAUAAAACACAGAUUUUUUUACUUCGUAAACUCUAAUUUGAGCAACAUGUUGCGUCGUAACAUAAGAUUGAGAAGGGAGUACUUGUAUAGAAAGAGCUUGGAAGGCAAAGAACGGUUGCUUUAUGAGAAGAAGCGCAAAAUCAGAGAAGCCCUGCAAGAGGGUAAACCUAUUCCCACCGAGCUCCGAAACGAGGAGGCCGCACUUCGCGAAGAAAUUGAUCUUGAAGAUGAGAAUACUGCUGUGCCAAAGAGUCACAUUGAUGAUGAAUAUGCAAAUGCGACGGAAAGAGAUCCAAAAAUUUUGCUGACGACAUCCCGCAAUCCAAGUGCUCCUCUUACACAAUUUGUGAAGGAAUUGAAGUUUGUCUUCCCGAAUGCACAGCGAAUGAAUCGUGGUUCCCAGGUUAUAUCUGAAAUUAUUGAAACUUGCCGCGCACAUGAUUUUACUGAUGUUGUGUUGGUUCAUGAACAUCGUGGUGUGCCAGAUGGUUUAAUUAUAAGUCAUCUACCUUUUGGCCCAACUGCCUACUUUGGAUUACUCAACGUGGUUACCAGACAUGAUAUUAAAGACAAAAACGCCAUUGGGACAAUGCCUGAGGCUUACCCUCAUUUGAUUCUAAAUAACUUCAAAACAAAGCUUGGUGAAAGAACAGCAAAUAUUCUAAAGCAUUUAUUUCCAGUGCCAAAGCCAGACACCAAACGCAUUAUCACAUUCGCUAAUCAGUCUGACUAUAUCUCAUUCAGGCAUCAUAUCUAUGAGAAGCCAGGAGGUCCUAAAUCAGUUGAGCUGAAGGAGAUUGGUCCUCGAUUUGAAUUGCGGCUUUAUCAGAUAAAAUUGGGAACAGUUGAUCAGAGUGAAGCCCAGAUUGAAUGGGUGAUUAGACCAUACAUGAACACAACAAAGAAGAGGAAGUUCCUUGGGGAUUGAUAAUUAAAGAAUCUUUCCAGGCUUUAUUCUUUAUGUAGGAUUAUCUUUCCUGAGUGCUUUGAGGUGUUGAAUUUAACAUAAGUUAUAAUUCUUUUUGUUCACACCCCUAAUUGUAACAGGCUGAUCUCUCUUAUAAUUCUCCUGUGCAUCACUUAGGUCGUAAUUUGUUGUUCAUAACACUAUUCAUGUAGCUAAUAUUCAUGAUUACAUGGUUAUAUUAUUUAUAAUUGAUUUUAGACAA